AUGGGACUACUCUUUCUGGCCUACCUCCUCGCGUCCUUCACAAAAAGCAGAAAAAAUGAUAUUAUAUACGAUGACUUCAUUUCGUUUAACAAUUUAAAUGACGACAAGAAUCUGCGUUAUUAUGGGUCGGGCGCGCAGGAUAAGUGCUCCUGGUGGUAUUUCCUGAGCGAAGACUUUUUCGAGAUCGUCUAUUUGGGGACAGAUAAGCCUACCAAGAGCAGGAAAGGUGAGGAAGCGGCAGGAAAAACAGGUGGAAAUGCAGAAGGGGAACGGCCCCUCCCCUGGAGAGACAGAGACCCCCCUGGAAGGAGCGUCACCAUCACCAGCGACGACAUAUGCACAAGCGAAAUUCUCAUUAUGUUAAAUAAAAAAAAAGCAGCAUGUAAAUCUGUAUCUUCCUUUUUUGUACAAGUGAACAGCCAAGGAGAGAAGAAAAAGUACAUCGCUGUGGAGUACCUUGUCUCUAGUCAACUUUACAUGAUCAGCAGCGAAAUAAUUACGUAUAAAAGGAAGAGUGAAAACAGAAAUAUAUAUGUCAUUUCUGGAAAUGGGAAGAAAAUAAGCAUAUCAUCAGAAACUAGCCAUUUUAAUGUAUUCUUCGAUGAGGUGUACAUAGGACAUGCACAUGUUAGAAAUGGGAAAGGAGGAGAGUUGGAGUUGCAGUUCAGAACAAAGGGAAAGGUAGGCAUAACAAGAAUUAUCAUAGUGCUUCUGAACAAGUGUAAGACCCUCUUUUUUGUCGUCACUGUAUUUGUGUACGAGUGGUUGUCGUUGGUGCCACACGGGGUGGACUUCCCGGAAGGGGCCCUCGUGCGGCUGGUCCUCAAAAGGGAUCGUCCCCCCCACUCAACAGGAACAAACAACCAUACUGACUAUCAAAGUGGUAAUAUGAAUGAGGAUGAUAAUAAUAGCGAUUGUAGCCAUUUCUCCUGCACAGCUCUUAUAAAGAGACACAUCCUGCGUACGUCGCCCUUCCGUAGAAAGGCAAUAAUAGCCGCGAUGCUAAGCACCCACGUGCAGGCAAGACAUCCCAUAAAGCGACAUGUAAGUGACUUCUUGUUAAUCAAGUGUAUAAAGAAAAACUACGUAACACAUUUCCGAAAUGACUACCGAAUUCAGCAGAGCCCAAGUUACGAUAUCGCGUCGGAGGAAAUGGUAAAAAUUAAGGAAGGCACAAGUGGGCAGAGCCUACAGAUAGUUGUCAAAAGUGUACACAGCGGGCAAGCUUUCUCUUCUCGUGUGAAUAUUCAUAAGGUGGUGAAGAGCAAGCUCGCCUGUUUCAGCUACAUAGGGAGGGAAACUCCGGGCAGUGAUAACCCUAAUAAAGAUACGUCUGCGUUACCCCAGAACCGCAGAAGGAACAACACUAUUGAGGGCGAAAUUGAGCUAAUAAGAAGACACUUUGUCUACAAAGAACACUACUAUUUGGAUAACCUACACAUUGAAUCCUUUUUCCAAUCAAAUGUACAAGGGGACCAAGGAGAAAAAUUUAUCCUCCACAGAAAGUACCUGUGCCUUAUGCAGCUGUACGGAGAAGGAGAUGCAAAAUUGCACGGUGUGUACAAAGGAGGGGAAGUCAAAUUGACGACAGUCUCUUCCAAAGGUCACAAGUUAAGCAUUCUCCCUUUGCACUUUUUUCCCGAGUAUGGGGCUUACUAUUUUAUGCCUAUAAGAAAAGGAGGGGAAGUCUCUCUUGAGAUGACCUACAUGGGGGACUAUGUGUCCAGAAAAGACGUGUUCAUAUCCGCUCCUGUAAAGUGCUACAUGAAGGGGGGUACCCUGUCUAUGUCCUCUUUGUUUGUACUCCCCGACGAGACCAUUUUUUACCAGUGCACCGGGGGGGCGAGCGCCGCCACCGCUGGGAAGAGACACCCCCCGAGUAAGAACCACGCCGACAAACAUGCGGUAACUGUGCAUAUCGCAAAUGGGCGCACAGUAAAGGUGUACAACGGGGGUGGAAACGUAGACGUCAUCGUUGACGAAUCGAAGGUGCACAUAUCGGUUAGGAAGCCGAGACCAGGGAGGAGUGACAUCACCCCCCAGGGGAAUAGCCAGAAAAGGAGGUACAACAAAGGCAUCCCACCCAGUAGUAAAAACAGGUUUGAUAUAAUAUGCCUGCUAUUUUGUGAUGACUCUCAUUUAAAUAACUGCUUCCUGAGCACUGUAUAUGUAGGAGACAGGAUGAUCCAUCUCUCCGCUGUGGUCCAGAAGAGUAUCAUCGAAGUGAACGAAGUUACGAAUGUCUACAUAUUUAUGCGCAUGGGUUGGAUCACUACGAAUAUGCAGUGUCCAGGUGGCAUGACCUUACUGGGAAGGAGCCAAAAUGGGCACUUCAAACGAAUGGGAUCUCUACAUGGAGGGACGCCCAUUAGCAGCUGCUUUGACGUAGUACGUCACCACAUGAGGAUAAGGCAUGACAAGAACUACCUCGAAGUUGUAAAAAAACACUCAAGCUUUCUCAAAGUGGAUGAUACUUACAAGAACGCAUGCGCAUUUUAUCAAUUAAAAGGGAAAAAGGAGAAGAGGUCGAUCCCACUCUACAUGGAAUAUACAAAGGAUAGCAGAAUACAAACCCAAAUAAGUGUCCAAGUAUUUAAAAAAGUUAAAGCCAUUUUUUGCCACGAUUUUGUGUGUAGCAAAUUCAUAAAAUUUGGUGAAAUGAUAAAUCUCAUUGUGUAUGAUGGGUUUGCAGUCGAUUCAUACAAGGUCAAUGUGUCCUCUGAGUCUAAUAUCCCCGAACUGGUUCUUCAACCAAAUAGAUUCCUCCACGAGAGAAGGGAUCUCCCCACCUCUGCUUCUUUCUUCAGAAGUUUGUUUAUUGCGGAAAAGUUUCAUAAUGACUUGUAUCUAAAUGAGCAGCGGAAGGGAGGCAUGCCCCAGCAUAGGAAUAUUUUUAGUGGAGAAGUGUUUUAUGAAAAUUGGAAUGAGCCAUACCUUCCUGUGUGGAAAUUAUACAAUAGACGUCUGUUCGAAUACGAUUUUAUGCCCAAGUGGGGAAUCAUGUCACUAGUACAACGCUCAAGAAGAAUCUCUUUCCAAGGAGAAAAAACAUAUCACUUCUUUUGUCCCCGCAUUAAGGGGUGUUCUCCACCACUCCCAUAUGAACCCUUUUUCUCCAUCAAGCAGUACUACACUAUACGAUGUGAUAGAGGGAAAAAAAAACACGUCACAUCAAACAUUCUGGUAAACAUGAAAACGUGGGAUAUUGGGACUCAAGAAAUAGUAACGCAGAACCAUUUGCCCGUUCAUUUCAAGUACCCAUCCUCCAUCCAAAUAACACUGUUUAGCAAACAUGUAGAGAAGCUCCAAAUGGUGGAUGGCUCCUCCAAGUUGAUUCUUUACAAGAAUAAUGAUUACUAUAUGAAGGCCUUCCUGGUAGACGAACAUGAAAAUGUAAUUCUCACCAAUGAGCCCUUCCGUUAUACUUUUGAAGAAGUCCCUUCUUCAGGAGACCUUCUCAACAUUUGCUUAAAAGACAAGUCCCACUACUUGGAACUAACAAAUGAGAAAAGAAAAAAUAUGAUUAGUACGAACAAUAGAAUUUUAAUCAAUUGUAAUGACGAAGGGGGUAAGAAGCAGGAGCUUUGGGGUGUGCCCCAAAAUGGCAUGAACCGUUUUAUAGCCUGUUCAACUGGGGGGUUGCUACUCACAGUGGAGUAUUCCUCCCACGAUGGUGAAGGAGCAAAAGGACAAGGAGACAUUUCGCACCAUUUUCAAAAAUUUGUGUCUCUUAAUUUUUGCAAAAGAAUGAACAUAUCCUUUCAAGAUAAUUUGGUUCUGUUCUUCUCCCCGCAUGUGUAUUACUCCCUGCCCAUCUGCACAACGACGGAGAGAGAUGCAUGUCCCCUGCACGCGGUGAGAUACUCAUUCAGGGGGACGAACAGGAUCAGCGUGCUGGGUCCUUCCGAGAUGGAAAAGCUGCUUGGGGCGAGCGACCAUAACGACAUGAAUAGCCAUGACCACGUGACCCCUCCAAACGGGAAAAAAACAAAACCAAGCGUGAUGAUAGUAAAUUUGGACAACCCACAGAGCCCACCGCAGAAAUGCACACGCGUGUAUAUCAACUCGUCAUUCGAAGCGAAAGGAGUUCUGACGAUACAAAACGAGUUGGUCUACGAAACGGACCACUUAGACAUCCAUUUCGCUUUUUCAAAAUUGACAAGGGUAAAAGUGUCCCUGCUUGUUCAAAAUGCAGAAAGGGGGGACCAAAUGGCAGUACCCAUGAGAGUCCAAUUUUUUGACAAGUAUAACAGAAAGAUCAAUUUGCUCCCCACGCAAUGGUUGAAGGUAAAGCUGGUCUACGAUUACAACAGGCGGAUCGAGAUGACCCCCCUGAAUUUAUCCCCAGAGGAGUGGAACGAACGGGUAGACCAGCUGCAGAUGCCACGUCGCAGUACAACAGAGGAAGCAAGAGCCGUAACGACGGAUAUGUUUUUCCAGGUGCGCAGCUCACAUGAAGGUAAAUAUUAUAUACAAGUAGAAGUAAAGUACAAAUUGGUCAACCAACAAAUUUCUGUUUUGUCCAAUAUGACGCGUUUGAUUGUGUACUCAAGGGGGGGUUCACUUUACCGAGGCGGAAACUCCAUUUUGAUACACCCCUAUCAGCAGACCAUGGAGGUCCCCUUCAAGUUAUGCCACCCGCUCAUACAUAAAGUUGUGUGCCUUUCAAAAAAUGAAAAACUAGUGAAAGUGGAAGGAGUCUUCAAGUCGCAUGGGGACCAGUGUACUUAUGUCUGCUCUAUCAAGUCAGGCAAUUCUGUAGGAAAUACCGAAAUACAUAUUUUCCCUAUAUUUGAAAGUUACUACGCCGUUUUCAGCCAACACGAAGGAAGGACAAAUUUUAAUACAUUCGAAAAAUUUGUAACAGACUUUUACGACUUGGAAAGGUAUUAUGAUCAUUAUUUGGAGCACCGCAAGGAACGUCAAAAAUGUCACAACACGGAUGCACACACUUGCGAUGAAAUUGAAGACCAGAAAAAAUUGCGAAAUUUGUUUUUUCUCAAAUUUGAUGUUAUUAUUGAUCAUGUACGAUCCAUGAAGCUCUUUGCACAGGACAGCAUUCAAAUGAUCCCUAAUGAAGAGGUACAUACGUGCGCCACAUUUUACAGCGGAGGGGGUGAUAUGGGUCCUUUCCUCUCGCUGGACUUUGGUCUGGUUUACGAGCACACAGGGGAGUUGUUCCAGGUGGAGUAUUUCGUCAACGAUGGGAGUGUCCUGCUGGGUGAUCGAAGGCGUGACCGCCAACCACAGCGUCAGCCAUGCCGCCAAGCGGAUGGACCCACCCCCGCCAGACGCGCAGUCGUCACCGAUUUAAGAGUCUCCCCCGAUGCGUUCCUGUCCAUCGAGGCGCGCAACGAAGGCCUCUUCUCUCUGUACGCCAAUUUUAUCAAAUAUAGUGGCAGCUCUCACCAGGGCGAGGUCGUCUACUCCCAGGUAUACAACUUGGUUGUCCAGCGACGUGCGUCACAAGGAAGAGCUCUCCCAGUCGUCCACCUUAGCAGUAGAGGCGUUUACAAAUUCGAUAGAAGUUUUCACUGCUUGGCAAUUUUGGCGAACUGGACUUAUGAGCAGCGCUUCCCCUUGUCAGCAGAAAAAAUUGUCCACACGGAAAGGACCGCCAUCUUGCAUAAUGCGCAUUACUGGAAUAUACAGAAAAAUAUUUACAAAAAAUUUCUCAUCAAUAUAUCAGACAUUUCCAGUGUGAAGAUGCACACCUAUUAUGGCAAAUUCAUCCCCUUGAAUAUUGUUCAGUACUUAUCUAUCCAUAUGUAUAAUAUAAACAUGGAGAGAGUUUUGCCGCCCCUGAAUGGCAAGCUCUAUGUACACGUAUCGCACCCCACCGUGUUAACCGUGAGGACGGCUGGCCCUAAUCAUAUGUUUGUAGUACCGCACAGGAUGGGCUGUUCAUUUGUCAGCGUCCGUUUUGAGUUGGACCCGGGGAACCAUCCACGAAAUGAUACGCGAAAUAAUCCGAGAGAUUAUUUGCCCACCCAAGGGAAUGGUGAACCCACCCCAACGACGCAAAUGCACUUGUGCGUUACACAGCGGGUGCCAACAAAAUUUUUUCAGAAAAGAAAAAAUUGCUACUACCUCAACAGGGUGUACAAACUGCUUGGUGGUUACUCGCACCGGUUUUUUCAGCAGCCCUACGUGUGUGUGGAUUCUAUCAUGAAGAAAAAAGACAGGUUGAGCAAAAUCGCCAGUGGUCUACUAAGUAAGACCAAUUUUUAUCGCGUCUACAACAAAUAUUAUGACGUAAUUUCCAUUGUAAAAGAAUUCGAAGACCUUUUCCAGCCUCCUACGGGGCACCUCUCGAUCAUUAAUGACCACUGCGCGGGGGUGAAGCUUUGA